AUGGCAAACGGAAUGGAAGGCCGGGAAGGUCGCCCUGGACCGCAAAAGCGCUCGAAAAGAACGCCAUAUGCUGCCAAAGCAUGUUACCAGUGUCAGCAACGCAAGAUCAAAUGUGAAGGCGGUCUACCGUGUAGAAAUUGUUCGAUUAAAGGCCGAGAAUGCUUCCUGGUUGAUGAACCGCCAGCUCCGGCUCGCAGAGCCUCCACGCCUCGACGAGAUGAGAUUCCAGGGAAUGCGCGGAACAAGCGCCGGAGCUCCCAUCAUUCGUCCUCGACGAAUGCGAACAGUUCACACAUCACGACCACCGAAGUCUAUCAACGGCUGCUCAAUGUUGAGCAACGACUCAAUGCAUCACUGUCUCAGAGCGCCUGGGCCUCUUCAAGCAACGGGGAUCUGUAUUCUGCGGCUGCCAUUACGGAUCAUGCGUCACCGGAAACAUGUCAUGACAAUGCAAGAGGACGACAGACGUUUGUAGGAGAAGCAUCUGUCCGUAAUGAAGACGACGAGAUAUCGGAGUCUCCUACGCAUAGCCCGAUCGCUAAUCGCAGGCCACUGACGCCGACUAUCAGUUCUCACGAUGAGCGCAACAGCAGAGGGUCCACCACCUGGCUUACAGAUGUACUCUCCUCAUUUGACGUUCGCCCGGACUCACUAGACUGCAAAGGUCUUCUCAACGUCUUCUUCGACGAAGUGGCGAUGAUAUAUCCUUUCAUUCACCGCCCAUGUGUCUGGAAAACCUUCGAAUACCUCUGGAGUCGCUCCUUGCAAGUCACUUUGGAGGAUUUGGAGGCUCAUGGCGAGAGCAAGCUUACUGUUGCCCUGUUGUUCAUGUGCAUCGCCUUAGGGCGCUGCACAGCUUCGCCUCGGACACCGAGUGCAGAAGCUGCGCAUUCGGCGGGCUGGAGUAUCUACAAUGUCGCAGUAGAGCUCAUGCGUCCCUACCUUGAUGUCACAUCGGAUUCACCGCCGUCUCUGCACAGUCUCCAGGCACUGACGAUGAUGGUCAUUUACUUAUUCCGACUCGACGCUUGCGAAAGGGCGGAGCGCACACUUGCACACGUCAUCUCGAGUGCUCAUAUAUUGGGCAUAUACCGCACAGAUUUUUAUGUUAAUAUGUGUGCUUUCGACGAAGAAAUGUUUCGCCGCCUAUGGUGGUGCAUCUACCUGCAAGAUCGUAGAAUGUCUCUCGAAAGCAGCCGCCCCUUCCUCAUUCAGGAUUCCAAUAUUGAGAUUGGACUUCCCUUAGAUGUCAGCGAUGCCUGGCUAGAGGCCUAUCGCCGGACCAGUACGAGUAUCGCAUCGUUGCAAGGCGAGAUCGAGAAAGAGAAGAGUCUCGAGAAAGUCACGAUCUUGCCGUAUCUCGAGGCGCAUGUAUCCCAAUCUCGAAUCGCAGCUGAUGUCUGGAGGGCAGUCUACAAUAGCAAGCAGGCCUCUUUUGGCAGUUCCAGCAUGGUCUCCGAGUACCUGGACACUGCGCUCGACAGCUGGCGGCAAGAAAUGCCUACGAGAAUGCAAUACCAGGAAUCGGGCAGCUUCGAAGAACAGUUUUCCAACGUCCCGUGGUGGCAGGCGAAGCAAUCAAUGUUGCUCUACGUGCGAUAUUGCCUCUUGAAAGCGAUUAUUCGUAGAACACCGAAGAUCCCAAGAGAUGGCUCCACAAAUAGAGAGCAAUUACCUGUGGAUAUGCAGUGCGCACAGCUCGCUGCAGCUGUGAUUCGAGUGUACGAGAAGAUUCCGCAGAAUCGCGCCAGGCAAUCGUUCGCAUUCAUACACCCCAUGACGAGUGCGACGAUGAUCCUGCACAGCUUGGUCUCUCUACACCCUGGGCUUCGUGACCCAUAUGAAGCCGUUCUGCGCACGGGCAUCGAUGCCCUUGUGGCUUACUGCCAGAGCACAUGGGUCAGUGGCAAAAUGAUCAGAACCACGUUCAGGUUGAACGCAUUGGUACAAAGGACCCUCGGAGUGACUACCGAACGUGGCGAUGGUGUUAGAGACAAACAAGGGCAGGACCAAUUCGUUGCACAACAAAGUCAGAAUAUGCCCUCCGGUCCAGCAAGCCAGCGACGAUCAAGCUCUUUGGUGGACGCCCAAAGUGCAAGACCCCAGCCAGCGCCCAUCAGAGGACUUUUAUCACCGCCAGUGAGCACAGCGUCCGCUGCGCAACGGAACGACCUCGCCUAUUCUGAAAAGAACGCGGAACACAUCACAGAAUUCUCGUGGAACCCGCUACAUGAUACAGAUGAGAACGCGAUGCUAUCACUCUCGCAGUCAGACUUCUCAUCGCUGGAAUUGCCCGACUGGGCCACACUUGACUUCGACUUUGAGCAUGCGGGCAACAGGCACGCUGCUAAUGGCGCUUCGCAGUACUCUAGUGGCGACCUGUUUGGCUUCGAAGGCUGGGCUACUAUGUGA